AUGUCGUCGGGCCGACGUGGCAGGAUCAGCGACGACGAGAUCAACGAGCUCAUCUCCAAGCUCCAGGCGCUCCUCCCGGAGUCCUCACGCCGUCGGAACGCGAGCCGGUCGUCGGCGUCGAAGCUUCUGAAGGAGACGUGUGCCUACAUCAAGAGCCUGCACCAGGAGGUGGACGACCUCUCGGAACGGCUGUCGGGGCUCAUGUCGACCAUGGACAACGACAGCCCCCAGGCGGAGAUCAUCCGGAGCCUCCUCCGGUGA